AUGGAGGAUUUCAACAAUGCUCAAUACUGUUAUCAAGACAGAAACUCUUCUUGCAAAACAUAUUCACUAUCAACAUCUAUUUACAUAACACUGUACAUCUUCUUUUCAUUGGUUUCAGCUGUUACAGUAUUUUUGAACCUACUGGUGAUCAUCUCUAUCUCUCAAUUCAAGCAGCUCCACACUCCAACCAACCUGCUCAUCCUCUCUCUGGCUGUAUCAGAUCUACUGGUGGGACUCAUUGUGAUACCAGCAAUGACUGUAGCAAUAAUGGAAUCAUGCUGGGUUAUAGGGGAAUAUUUCUGUGCGUUGCACAUGUACAUCACCUUGUUAAGUGCUUCAUCCUCUCUUGGUAAUUUGGUUUUGAUAUCUGUUGACCGUUAUGUUGCUGUGUGUGAUCCCUUAAUGUACCACUUGAAAAUUACUUUAACAAGAAUUAAGUGUUGGAUAUUGAAGACCUGGUGUUGUUGUAUCAUAUAUGAUGCUGUUCUUAUAAAAAUCUCUGUAAAUGUACAAGUACCCAGUAGAUGUUUUGAAGAAUGCUUUUUUGUUGAAGGGCAUACCUGGGUUAAUAUCAUGGACCUAAUUAUUACAGUUGCUCUCCCGUGCUCUAUUAUUUUAACACUUUAUUUGAAAAUAUUUCUGGUGGCCAGAUCUCAGGCCCAAAAGGUAUUUUCAAAAACGCUGUCUGGUGUUAAAACUUUAGAGGCAAAUAAGUCAGAGAGAAAAGCAGCAAAAACUCUAGGUAUUGUGAUUUUCAAUUAUCUCAUUUGUUGGAUUCCAAUUUAUUUCACUCAAUUAAUUUAUUUUGCUACUGGUGAUUCAUCAUCAAUUUUCAUGUGCUUUCUGCCACUUAUGAAUUCCUUUAUUAAUCCAAUAAUUUAUGCUUUCUUCUAUCCAUGGUUCAAAGUGACAAUUAAACAUGUUUUAACUCUAAAGUCUGGGCAUUUGUAG